AUGUCUUUUGAAGUAGGUACUAAGUGUUGGUAUCCCCAUAAAGAACAAGGCUGGAUAGGCGGCGAGGUCACCAAGAAUGAGUUUUUUGAAGGUACGUACCAUUUGGAGUUGGCAUUGGAGGACGGAGAGACUGUGUCCAUUGAUUCAAAUAGCUUGGAGAAUGACAAUCAUAAUCCCGCUUUACCAGCACUACGAAAUCCACCUAUCUUAGAAUCCACUGAUGACCUGACUGCGCUAUCAUAUUUGAACGAGCCUGCGGUGCUGCACGCCAUAAAAAAAAGAUACUUGGACUCACAGAUAUACACAUACUCCGGUAUUGUUCUUAUUGCUGCAAAUCCCUUCGACAAGGUCGACCAUCUGUACUCCCGCGAAAUGAUACAGAGCUAUUUCAGUAAGCGUAAGGAUGAGCUGGAACCGCAUCUUUUUGCCAUUGCAGAGGAGGCCUAUAGGUUCAUGAUUCAUGAAAGGGCUAACCAGACGAUUGUCGUGAGUGGUGAAUCCGGCGCUGGUAAGACUGUAUCUGCUAAAUACAUCAUGAGGUACUUUGCCUCCGUCCAACAGAGCAACAGCCGUGAAGAGGAUAUGGAAAUGUCUCAAAUUGAAAGCCAAAUCUUAGCCACUAACCCGAUAAUGGAAGCCUUUGGAAAUGCCAAAACCACCAGAAAUGACAACUCUUCCCGGUUCGGAAAAUAUUUGCAGAUUUUAUUUGAUGAAAAUACUACUAUCAAGGGUUCCAAGAUUAGAACGUAUCUCCUGGAAAAGUCCAGAUUAGUCUACCAGCCGGAAACAGAAAGAAACUACCAUAUUUUCUACCAAAUUUUAGAAGGUUUACCGGAGCCGUUGAAACAAGAAUUGCAUUUGUCAUCUGCCAAGGACUACCAUUAUACCAAUCAAGGUGGAGAACCGAAUAUAGCCGGCAUAGACGACGCUCAAGAGUAUAAGACAACCACAGACGCGCUAUCAUUGGUGGGCAUAGAUCACGAGACUCAGCUUGGAAUUUUCAAGAUUCUUGCCGGCCUGUUACAUAUUGGUAAUAUUGAAAUGAAAAUGACCAGAAAUGAUGCAUCAUUAUCAUCCGACGAACCAAACCUGCAAAUUGCAUGUGAGUUGCUAGGCAUCGAUGCCUUCAAUUUUGCAAAAUGGAUUGUCAAAAAGCAAAUCACUACAAGAUCUGAAAAAAUUGUCACAAAUUUGAACUAUAACCAAGCAUUGAUUGCCAGAGACUCCGUGGCAAAAUUUAUAUAUUCUAGGCUUUUUGAUUGGUUGGUAGACAACAUUAAUAAAACAUUAUAUGACCCUGGUUUGGACCAACAAGAGCAAAUUUUUUCCUUUAUCGGUAUCCUAGAUAUUUAUGGGUUUGAGCAUUUUGAGAAAAAUUCGUUUGAACAAUUUUGUAUUAACUAUGCCAAUGAAAAACUACAACAGGAAUUUAACCAGCACGUUUUCAAAUUAGAGCAAGAAGAAUACGCCAAGGAAGAAAUCGAAUGGUCUUUCAUUGAAUUCAGCGAUAACCAGCCUUGCAUAGACUUGAUUGAAAAUAAGUUAGGUAUACUUUCCCUGUUAGACGAGGAGAGCAGACUACCAUCUGGAUCAGACGAAUCAUGGACUUCGAAACUAUACUCUGCGUUCAGUAAACCGCCGGCAAAUCAGGUUUUCUCCAAGCCAAGGUUUGGGCAAAGUAAUUUUAUAGUGAGUCAUUAUGCUAUUGAUGUUGCAUAUGAAGUGGAAGGCUUCAUUGAAAAAAAUAGAGACACUGUUUCUAUCGGGCACUUGGACGUUUUCAAAGCAACCACAAACCCAAGUUUCAGACAAAUUUUGGAUAAUAGGGAAUCUAAAGCAGUUGAUGUCUCUCAAGAAGAAGAUAUCAGAAAGAGUACAAUGAUCCCAACAAGAUUGAGUCAAAAGAAGCCAACAUUAGGGUACAUGUUCAAAAAAUCCCUGAGCGAAUUGAUGGCUAUCAUCAAUUCCACCAACGUUCACUACAUUCGUUGCAUGAAACCGAACUCUGAAAAAUUACCCUGGAAGUUCGAUAAUUUGAUGGUCUUAUCUCAGUUGAGAGCAUGUGGUGUAUUGGAAACAAUCAGGAUCUCAUGUGCGGGGUUCCCAUCAAGAUGGGCUUUUGACGAAUUUGUUCUAAGAUACUUUGUCCUGACAAACUAUGAUCAAUGGAGUACGAUUCUUUAUAAUUCGGACCUUCCAAAAGAAACAAUCGUUAACUUCUGCCGGUCUGUUCUAGAUGCUUCUAUCCCUGAUGCCGCCAAAUACCAAAUUGGUAAUACCAAGAUUUUCUUUAAAGCAGGAAUGCUUGCAUACUUGGAAAAUUUGAGAACAAUUAGAAUGAACAAAAUUUGCAUUACAAUACAAAAAAAGAUGAGGGCAAGGUACCAUAGGAACCAGUAUCUGCAAAUAAUAGAAUCAAUAAAAAAAUGCCAGAAUCAAAGCAGGAGCCUAUUAGUCCGUACAAGAGUAGAUCACGAACUAAAGACACGAGCUGCCACCUUACUCCAAUCCAACGUUAGGGGUGUAUGGAAACGUCAAUGUUACAAGGAUAUUAUUAGUCACGUUAUAAAGCUGCAGUGCACCAUCAAAAAAAAAUUAAUCCUCAAUGAUAUUAAUAGACAGUUCACGAGCAUGGCGACAAUAUGCAUUCAAAGGUGUAUCAGAUCAUAUGGACAUAAGACGCAUUACAGAAAGAUGAAGAGGAGCUCUGUAUUCGUGCAGAGCGCCAUUAGAAAGCAGUUGGCCCAACAAAUAUAUAUAGACUUGAAGAGGGAAGCUGAAGAGCGCAAUAGUAAGAUGAAUUGUGGAAUUGGAUUAUUGGAAGAAGCUAUUGAAUUCAAGAACUCGUUUGUCCUAAAUUUAGAGGCACUAAAUGACUCAUACGCAAGAUUGACACAAUUGCUACAGGGUGAUUUGUCUAACGUUCCUUCUAAGGAAAGACAAGAAUACGAAACGUUAGUGAAUGGUUAUAAUGACAAGAUUAUCAAACUGAAAACAUUACAAGGCGAAAUAGCAAGCACUGUGGAUAAAAAAAAUGCCUUAAAGGAGAGGAAAAAGAAUCAAUCCUCUCUUAUUCAAUCGCAUUUGCAAAGUCCGGGUUCUACCAAAAACAACAAACCCUCAAGAUUAAGCGAUGAAAUCAGGUCAAUGAAGCAAGAACUAGCGUUUAUUGAAAAUGUCAUAGCAAAAGAUUUUACCGCGACAUAUUGCACUAGUAAAAACAACAAGAUGAGAGGUUUAGGAAUUAUGGGACAGCAGGGAAGGUCAAAACUAGUCAACGUGAUCCGUAGAGAAUCGGGGAACCCUGAUCUGCUAGAAUUACUAAUGGAUCUAAAUGGAUACACACUGGAAAUUACAGAGGGCUACUUGAAAAAAAUCGACGUCACUGAAGUGGAUGAAAAUGAUGUUCUGGGCCCUGUACAAGUCAUUAGUACGAUUGUAAAUAGGUUAGUGAGAAACGGACUGUUGAUUCAAAGUAGCAGGUUCAUCCCGAAGAUCCUGUUGACUAUCGAAAGCAUUGUGAUGAAUUUGUCAAAAGACCAGAACAUGGUUGGCGGCAUCUUUUGGCUAAGUAAUCUCUCCAGAUUCCCUUCAUUUGUUACAAAUGAGAAGACACUAUAUGAUGGGAGCGGCAAGGACGAAAAAGAUAAGUUAACACUGUUAUAUUUGAGUGACCUGGAGAAUGAAGUCGUCAAAGUGCUUGACAAGAUUUAUUCGAUUUGGUUAGUCAAAUUGAUGAAACACGCCUAUGUGAAUAUGAAUAUAAGCGAAGCGAUGUUAAACGAAGAAACAUUCAAGGACCCGAACGAUGAAAGGUUUGCUAAAAUAUUUGCUUUUUUUGAUGAGUUUGAUGCGGUUAUGUAUAAGCUUCAAGUUGGCGAUUUAAUGCGUACAAAAAUUUACAAUGAUACCUUGAAGUAUUUGAACGUGAUGCUAUUUAACGAUCUAUUAACCAAAUGUCCCACAUUGAACUGGAAAUAUGGGCAUGAAGUAGAUAAGAGUAUAGGGCAGUUGAUAAGAUGGUUUGAACCAAAAAUCGAAGAUGCUCGUUCCAACCUAAUUCAUAUGGUACAAAGCGUUCAAAUCUUACAGUUGAAAAUGAACAGUCUAAACGAGUUCAAGCUACUAUUUGAUUUCUGGUAUGCUUUGAAUCCCGCUCAAAUACAAGCAAUCCUGUUGAAGUACAAGCCCAUUAACAGAAGCAAAGUCGGAGUACCGAACGAAAUCUUGAAUUAUUUAGCCAACUUGGUGAAAAGAGAAAACUCGUUAUUGCCUGGAAAGAUGGAAAUCAUGCUCUCUAUCGAAUUCGAUACUGUCAAAAAACGUCUGCACGAUGACACCGAUGCGAUCCCUCGCAGCUUCAAUGUAGACGAUUUGCCCAUAGUUAACAAAAUUAUAGAAUUAAGUUUAAAAUAG